UUAAUAAUCAUUCAAAUAAUUUUACACUAAAUAUAUUUGUAAGUUUUUAGCGAUUUGUACUUCCUCCCACUCUUCGAUUCGUCUCUUCGUUCCAUCACUCAUGGCUACCAUAUAUACCAGUAAACCCGAAGCCGUUCUUGAACAACUUAACCGGAAAGACGGUUAUCGUCAAGCUCAAAUGGGGAAUGGAAUACAAAGGUUUCCUCGCCUCUGUUGACUCCUACAUGAACUUGCAGCUUGGAAACACUGAAGAAUACAUUGAUGGACAAUUGACAGGAAACCUCGGAGAGAUCUUGAUCAGAUGCGACAACGUUUUGUACGUCCGAGGUGUGUCAGAAGAUGAAGAACUCGCUGAACAAGACUAGCCUGUGCCGGUGGACUUAGAAAUAUCCACCAGUCUUGUUGUAUUCUAUGAGCAUCUUAACCCAAGUUGUGAGAUUUCAGCUUUUUUAGCUGUUGUUGAAUCUCUUGAUACCUUGAUUAUAUGUGUUGCUUUCCCCUAAUUUUUCUUAAAAUUAUUUUAAUUUUGAGCAAAAGUGUCUACUGUUUUACUGGAAAUCUACACUAUAAUACAAAUAGAAUCCGCUUUUAUAAUAUGGAGGUAAAAGUUCGGGAACCUGGUAAAGCAGAAUAUUUUAGUCUGCUGAAAAAUUGUCGGGGUUUACUGUUUACCAAAGUUUAAAUAAUGAAGUUGUUGGGUGCUCGAAGAAAAGAAACUAACAGUACGUACGCUCUCCUCCCAAUUCAUUUUUUUUUCUCUGCUUGCAUGUUCCUAUACGUUGUCUUGUAUUGUCUGUUUCCAAAGCGGGCAAAGCAUAUUUCGGAAAAGAGUCGAAGGAAAGAAUCAAAACAAAACCCCAUAGACAAGAAAAAUUGAAACAAUUCUGAAACAGAAAACAAAAAAUCGAAGGAACUAAAACAUUGACCACACAUAAUAUACGUCUGCUUCUGCCAUAUAUAAGAUACGUCAAUAUAUGAUAUAUCUGUACCCUCGCAUUGAGGACACUGAACACCAUACUCUAUUGCCCACAAGUCACCUUGAAGCUUGUUCCGCAAUCCUGUAUGAUUUUUCCACCUCCCCCAAAGCUGAACAUAACCUCAGACCUUUCUCCUGUAAGAAUGAAGCUCAGCUCCAUGUAAAUUGGUCGAUGUCCAAAGUGGAUAUUUUGGCUCUGCUUGUCGUUGCCGUUCUCGAAUCAUCUCUCUCGAAGUGGCUUGUGGUUUUAUAGAUUAGGUUUUUAACGUUUGGCUAAUCAGAUUUCACCAACUCAUUUACAUAUAUACUCUCUAUUUCAUAAUAAAAUGAUGUUAUGGAUUAAAUCACAAAUAUUAAGAAAUUUUACUUUUCCUAUUAAAAAGUAUAAAUCAAAGAAUUUAACCAAUUAUUUCGAAAACUUGUCAAAUAUAAUUAGUUAAAUGAUUUUCAAUAAAAUUAAAUUCCACAGAUAUGUUAAAACAUCUUCUAUUUUGAAACAACACAAAUCUUCUAAAACAUCAAGUAUUAUACAUAUGGAAUAUCUGUUAUGUAUUGUUAAUUUUAUAAAAAGAAUAAUUUUAAAAAGUUUAAAUUUUCAGACUAUACUCUAAAGUCUAAACCAUGGAAAAUAGGACUAACAUGGGAAAGAGAAGAAAUCGAUACAUCAUCCAUAAUUAUCUUCUCAAGUAAUAACAAUAAAAUCAUCUAACAAAGUAUUAUACUUUCUAACAGCGAUAAAACAUAACUUUUUAAAAACUAACCCGUUUAUUUAUUAAAAUGUAGUUUUUCCCUUUCAAAUGCAUCAAUUAUAUAUUUCCAAACACAUACCAAUAUAAAUUUCUUCAAUCUAACCCUUAAACCUUCUUUUUUUUUGUUGCUAAGACUCUAAAUUUCAUUAAAAUGAAGAAGUAAAGUUUUAGAAAAUAAAACAAUAGCGAGCUUGUUGAUCUGACAAAAAAAAAACAGAAGAGCAAAACUUUUAGCCAUCAAGUCUUAGAGAAUUGUGUGAUAAAUCAAUUGAUCCAACUUAUUGAUUAUCUCUUCAACCCACCUAUUUCAUCAAUUAUUUCUCGUUGACCAUUGAAAUAAUAUUGAUGCAUUGGUAAUACAUGCUUCUCUUGUUCACUUUCUUCAACUUCACAAAGCUUUCAUUUAUUGUUAAAAUACAACUCCAUUCUGGUAUAAAAGUGUUGCAUAUCUAAAACCACAUCCGAAAUCAUUUCAUUAUCUCAAUCCAAAUGAAAAACCAAUUCAGUUUCAUUCACCUAUGUAUCUAUCUCUCUUUUAGUAAAGGCUACACAAACAAAAAGCUCUGUAUAUCUAUCUCUUAAGCAUGUUAAUAGGGAAAACUACUUUGAAAUGUAUUUUGAUUCAGUUAUUGUAAAUCACUUUGACAUGGACCCAAUGCUUUCCUUGUUAUCUCUAAAGGUUUAUUCUACAAAUCAAUUAAUGAAAUGAUAAAUUCUUGAAGAUAUAUUUGUACAAUGGAUGUACCUUCAAUUUUUGGUGAAUAAUGCAACUAUGUCCAAGCAUAUGUGGGCUAUCAGUUACUCUUAAACAAUAAUUUGGAAUUGAAAUAGAUUCAGAAUAUGAAAUAUGUGGAAGAAAAUGAAAUGUAACUUAUGAAAGUUACAUAAUUUCACUUUUUGCCAAAAACUAUAUCGUCAGUCUUGUUGUCUUCUAUGAGUGUUUUGGCUAUACCAAGCUUCCUCGACAUGUCCACUUUCUCGUGUCUUCCCACAAAUACGUUUUUAUUUCCUUAGCGGUUAUAGUCUUUUAAGUUUCCUCUGAUUAAUUUGUGGUGGAGAAGACAAUCAGAAGUUGGCUGCAUACCAUGUUGUCUCGGAGAGGCUUGAGUUUGCGGAUCUUUUCUCCAAGGCAAGUCAGUCUCGACUACCAACUCGUCUCACCAACUACUCAAUCCUGGUAACCAACUAUUCUGAAUCUGGUUUUGAUGUGGACGACGUUCUCAUCACCGAAGCUGCCGUCUUCGUCGAUACCUUCAUUGCCAUUGACUUCAUUGCAUCUCCCCUUGAUUUUGAAAUGUAUGGUCAUGUUGAAUCUAAGCCUAGCGGCAGCGACUCUACACUUAAAUCAGAAUGGUCGUUUUUUUCCUUUAUGCUCAUUACAGUUGUGGCUCGCAUCAUCUCUGAGAUCUUUAUUCUUUCGGGCUAAGGUUUUAAAAUUGGCUAAUAACUUUUCAAUUACGGUCAGGCCGUUUUCAUCUUUUAACCAUACAUUAUCACCAUUGAUAUUUCAAGUUUUAUUAUAAAAAUUGCCUUUGAUUACGCUCAUAUUUUGAAGAACUAUUGAAGAGUAGUACUAAGAGUGAAGCAGUGAUUUCACUUCCUUAAAGCUUCAAGUUUAGAAACAAUGUCAUUCAAAGGAGGAAAAGGAGAUAACAUAUGAACCUACCCUAGCCGCUCUGUUUGGUCAUUGAUUUGUAUGCUCUCUUUUUUAAACUAUUUGAAACGUCAUAAAUGGUGGAAGACUCUGUAAUCUACAUUAUCUACUAAUAGUUUAACCACAAUAAUAAUUAAUGUUCACCAAUAGGCUCGGGAUUGGAUUCUAGAUAAUAUAGUUUGUACAAGUUUUCUUAGAACUUGUUUCUACAAGAUUUUGAAAGUUACUUUAUACUGUAAAUUUAUGAUCUUUUUACCAUGCAAAUUUGAAAGUUGGUACAACGUAUUUGUGAUUUUAUAAAACCAUGUAAAUGUUAAACAAAGAUUGAUGCGCGGGUUUGCUUUAUAUAAUCAAAUUGUAGUGUAUUAUUGUUAGCCAAUAUUGUCUUGAUAAAUGCUGUUUUUCUUAUCAAACUAAAUUUAAGCAUAUAGUGUGAGUUAGUGACUGCUUUGAAUGGAAACUGUCUAAUUGUUGAUGUUACAAUAUUCAGAUUUUGCAAUAAAAAUAGUGUGUGAAUGUGUGGUUCACCAUUUUAUCAUCCUUUGUUGUUCAAUUGACUUCAUCUCCUUCUUACUUAACAACCCACAUAAAUCCAUCAUGCAAUACAUUGCAUAACUUAAUAUGAUCUUUUUCUUAUAUUCAUCUUCGUUGUAUUCUAAUCAAGGUAUUUGCUUGAAAUGCAUUUUAUCCAUUAAUUGUACUUUUAAUAAGAUGACGGAUGGUUUCAAAUGAUGGUCCGUCUUAAUUCAUAUCUACAGUGACUAAUCCAAAAUAGAUGUAAUUCAAAGGAUACUGCUUUGAAACGUAGACGGCGGUUAGUAGAUGUCCUCGUGUUUUGGGUAGUUUAGUUUCCUUGCGCUAUUCCUUGGUAUAUCAGAUUUCUCUACCAAAAGCAUAAAGUGACCACUUAAAAUAAUUCUCCACCAAAAGAGUAAACUGCCCACUGAAGACAAUUCUCAUUCAUCUCUUUUGAUCAUAAACUCAUAACUCUUGUACUUCUUUAACUGCAAAGAGAUUUAACAAAUUAUAGUAUUUAAAAAUACUAAUGCGAGAUGACGAUACAUUAGGGAACAUAAGGAAGAACGUAAAGAGCUACUAUUACCGAGAAAGUAACAAACAUGAAAAAGAUCAUAGACCAUCUUAAUAAGAUUAAGUGGCAAUGAAUGGGCCUUGUAGUCAAGUGGUAGUGGAAAGACUUGGGACACUACCACGUGGUGACAAGACUAUUAGUGUAGUAAAACGUGCUACCUUAGCCAUGACGAAAUAAUAGUUUUGAGUUAUUAUUUGAAAUUGUUAUGAUAUACAGUAUAAUCAAAUUUUCCAGUCUGAGUUAUUAUUUGAAAUUGUCAUGAUAUACGAAGUCCUAUAAUUGAAUUGUAAGGCAAACUUUACUGUACUGAAAUCAUAGUCUUGUCUGAAUGUCCCAUGGUUGAAUUGUAAUGCAAUCUUUUCCUUUAAAAUGCAUCAAUUAUUUAUUUCCGAAUACAUACCAAUGCAAAACCAACGUAUUAACUAACUUCUACUUGCAAGUUACAACUUACAACCCACACCUAUUCUAUCGUUUAUUGGUGACACAUGCUUUUCUUUCACUUUCUUCUACUUCACGAAGCUUUCAUUUAUCUCCAUUCUGGUAUAAAAGUGCAUGUAGCAAUGUAGCAUUUUCUUAAACCACAUCCUAAAUCAUUUCAUUUAUCUAAAUCCAAAUAAAUUUCAUUUAUCUCUCUUUAAGCUGUGAGAGAAUGUGGGUGAUAGCUAUAUAGGAACAGGCAUAUUAGGCCUCGCGUUUGGAAACUACUCCCUUGUAGAGGAGCUCGGCUCAAGGUUUUCGCUUUGCUUCAGUCGUAUACGGGAGCAUCCACUCACAACUUAAUACUUGGCGAUGGUGCAAUUACAUAUGGAAUUCCCACCAUAAUUAACAUCACAAAAGGUCAUUAGAUGUUUGAACAAAAGGUCACUGAAUCAAGUUCAAAUAUAUAAUGACUCCUUGUGAUGUUAAUUAUGGUGGGAAUUCCAUAUGUGAUUGUACCAUCGCCAAGUAUUAAGCUGUGAGUGGAUAUAGGCUCCUGUAUACGCCCGAAGCAAAGCGAGAACCUUAAACCCAAUUUCUCUACAAGGGAGUAGUUUCCAAACCCGAGGCCCAAUAUGCGAGCUGUUGAAAUGACUCAAUCUCAAUCUCUGUUAGUUAUGUGGAGUCACUGCCUUUUAAAAUUUUUGGAUCUCUUGGUUUAAUUUACGGGCUUUGUUGUUCACACAGAUGCAACAACGUUUUGUACGUCCGAGGUGUGCUGGAAGAUGAAGAACUAGGAGAUGCUGAACAAGACUAGCCUGUGCCUGUGGACUUAGGAAUCCCCUGUCUUGUUGUAUUCUAUGCGCAUCUUAAUGUCUCUGUUUGGAGUUAUAAAUAUUAGCUAUCAGUUGAAUCUCUGGUAGCAACCCGCAAUUUUCCAACUCCGCGACACCAAGAAACAAAAAAACUCACUCACUUCCUUCCCUUGAUGAUUUUUUGGUUAACACACGACCCACAAGGUUUGUUAAUGCAUUGGAUCUUGCUCCUUCUGAAGAAUGGUCAGCCGCUUCACAGCAACAAAUGACUGGAUCCGCCGCGAGUUUCUCCCAUCUACACUGUUUCAGAACUCUCUGUAUGGGAAAAACCUCACCCGGUCAUUUGUUUUUAUGAAUGCCGUUGACCAUUCGUCAAGCCUUUUUCAUUCUGUAAACGUUUCAAACAUUGAAAUUUCAAGUUUUAUUUUUAUAAUUUCCUUUGAUUACAUUAAUAUGUUUUGAAGAACUAUCAAAGAAUAGUACUAAACGUCAAGCAGUGGUUUAUAAAGCUUUUAAGUUUUUUUUUUGGCUAAAAUUAAAACUUGAUUUUAAUCCCAAACACAUACAUAAACUUCAAUCAAAUGCAAAAUAUAAAACUUUAAAUUGAGAAACAAUGUCACUCAAAGGGGGAAAAUGAGACAACAUAUGAACCUGCUCUAGCCGCUCUGUUUGGUCAUUGAUUUAUAUGCUCUCUUUUUGAAACUUCUCAUUUCGUUUUUCUCCACCAUGGUCUAUAAAACAUAAAUGGUGGAAGACUCCUUAAUGUAAUAGUUUGACCAAAAUAAUAAUUAAUGUUCACCAAGAGGCUCGGGAUACAAUUCUAGGUGAUAUAGUUUGUACACAAAUUUUUUUUUUUUUUUAAGAACUUGUUUGUAAGAUUUUGAAAGUUAAUUUACACUGUAAAUUUGUGAUUUUGUUUUACACCGUAAAUCUGAAAGUUGGGACAACGUAUUUGUGAUUUUAUAAAAUCAUGUAAAUAUUAAACAAAGAUUGAUGUUACAGUGUCAAACCUAAUGCUGAAAACCGACGAGUGAUAAAAAAAUAAUUCAUUCUUUUCAGUUUAGUCACUUGAGUUUAGCUACUUUUUCGCAGCUUGGAAACACUGAAGAAUACAUCGAUGGACAAUUGACAGGAAACCUCGGAGAGAUCUUGAUCAGAUGCAACAACGUUUUGUAUGUCCGAGGUGUGCCAGAAGAUGAAGAACUCGGAGACCGCUGAACAAGACUAGCCUGUGCCGGUGGACUUAGGAAUCCCCUGUCUUGUUGUAUUCUGAGCAUCUUGACCCAACUUGUGAGAUUUCAGCCUUUUUAGCUGUUGUCGAAUCUUUUGAUACCUUGGAACUAAAGAAAGCCACAAGCCGUUUAGUUCUUUGAGAAACCAAA